CCGUAAACUUAUCUUCAGCUGCGUAGGGUCCUUGAAUUAUCAUUGGCCUUUCAGUAAAAGCCAAUUGCCGUGGCGGCAUGAAUAUCACCAUCUCCAGACUCCGCAUCUCCCGCGUGAAUAAUCUCUCAGCUCCUCUUACGAUGCCCCUGUCCACGGAGUGUGGUUCAAAUAAGGAUUAGUUAAAUGGCGUACGGCGCAGUCACAGUCACAACCAGAGCUGCAUUGUUAUCGUUCAAGGGCUUCACCGGACCCCGCCUGCGUCAAACUCCAUUCUCCGACACAUUCGCUCCUUUACGACGUGCAUUGAAUGCUUCAAGAUGCUCGUCCGAGAUUCUCGAAAGCUGGUGCUAUUCGUGAUACCAGUCUUUCUUCUUGUUGUCUUUGCUCUCAAGCUUUAUCUUGAUCCAUCAUCUUUUCCUGCUCAUGUUCAAGGAUGGGUUCCAUCACAGCUGAAGAAGUCGCCUGCGGAGGAACAAGAACUCUUGGCUGACGAAGAACCAUCCAUAACAAAAGCGUCACCAGUUCAAUCGACACCGGCUGCCAAGACAGACGUCCCAGAGGAUAAACCUUUCGGCGAGGGUAUCAUUCCUCAAGAUGUCAGCGCAACGCACAUUGAAGUCUUCUCAUUGUCUACCAAAGACAAGAAGUUCUUCGAGAUUGACUUCCGGGAAUUCACUGCUCUCAACCCCAACCUCAUCCCCCAUCCUACCCUGGAAAACACAUGGAUCGUCGUCGCUCAAUGGCUUCAAGAAGGCGGUAACUCACUCUGGUUUGCUGAGCUUGUUUGCAAUGCUGCAUUCAAAGACGGUGUCCUUCGAUGUCUUCACUCACCAACUACUCUCCCCGUUACUGCAACUGUAGGAGGAGACAAAUGUCAAGGUGACAUGGCAUAUUUCCAUAUGAACAUGGGUCCGCACGAUGCACGCGUGUUCUUUGGCCCUGAUAAGCCUUACGCGACGUAUGGCUCAAACUCUAUAUUCACCUGCUUUGGCCAGUUCGUUCAGGAUUUCCGCACACUAACGGGCUGGUCGGGCGAUAUGGAAAACCUGGGUGAGUUCAGAGUUGGCACCGAACUUCAAAGACCACUGCCAUGGCAUCUUGUUGAGAAGAAUUGGUUCCUCUUCUGGGAUUCUAACGGUAAUAUGUAUACCCAUUACGACAUCCAGCCAAAGAGAGUGUUUGCUCAAAUGAAUCCCGAUGGCUCAGCCGGUCCUGAUCUUGCACCAGCCGCGGCAGGAGACGAGCAAUGUCUGGCCAAAUAUCUCCCUAAACUCCAAACCGACCUCGAGUCUAUUCACCAAACCACCAAUUCCCUCAAAGUCACCAUGUGUCGUCGAGACGAACCCUCUUGUGUUCCUGACGACAGCAACACUUUCAUCAUGGUGAUAUACCAGCAUAAGUCCUAUUUCAACUACCAUAGCGUUUACGAACCAUAUGUCAUGCUAUUCAAGCAACAGGCUCCUUUUGAAAUCCAUGCUAUGUCUCGAAAGCCAAUUUGGAUUCAUGGCAGAAAGAGGUAUCCCGAGAAGGAGACUUCAGACAUGUUUUAUGUAACGUCUAUGAGUUGGAAGAGUCGUGAACAGAAGUAUCAUGGAUUCAUUGGUGACGAAUUAUUCCUAGGCUUUGGCGUUGAGGACGUGAGAACGGGCGGAAUUGAUAUACGGGCAGAGGAUCUAUUGAAAGACAUGGGGUUGUGUUUCGAGGGAUAGAUGGAUAUCACUGUAUGAAUGUAUUUAGAGUAGUGGCAAGAAGGCUGAAUAAUGUUAAUGAAUUUUAAUGGCUUUAGAUCUCGUGAAUGAGUGGAAUCUCUUGUGAUAGAUUAGAUCAUGG